UCGUCGUCGUCGUCGUCGGCCUCCCCGUCGGGCUCCAGCGCGCCGCUGGUGGACUUCCUGCUGCAGCUGGAGGACUACACGCCGACGAUCCCGGACGCCGUCACCGGCUAUUACCUGAACCGCGCCGGCUUCGAAGCUUCCGACCCGCGCAUCAUCCGCCUGAUUUCUUUGGCCGCCCAGAAGUUCAUCUCGGACAUUGCCAACGACGCAGCACUGCACUGCCACAUCCCUGGAUCUGAGGGGGGGGGAGAAAGGGGGGUCCCCGCCGACAAGAAGUACACGCUCACCAUGGAGGACCUGGCGCCGGCCUUGGCCGAGUAUGGCAUCAACGUCAAGAAGCCCCACUACUUCACCUGACUGGGCUCCUGCCCUUCCGCUUCCUGGGUCCUGGGGUGCGGGUGGGGGGCUGGCGUUGGACUGCUUUCCUCACGGACAGGGGGGCGCGCCCUCUGCUCCUCAAAGAUAUGUGGGCUGUUCCACCAUUAAAAUGCUCCACUUCCUCCCCCACC